GUCAGGCGGGCGUGGUGUGGAUGGUGCUGCGCCUUCUUCUGUAGGCUCCUUCCUCUCCUCUUCUCGAUCUUCAACUUCCCAACUUCAUCAUCAUCGUCCUUUCGUUCGGCUGCUCACUUCGUCAGAGUCUGCCUGUUCUUUCCUCAUUUUCGCUCCUUGCAACACGCUCUUUUGGCUGUCUCACACACAUUGCCACACCAUUCGUUGACUGAACACAACCACACCUUUGUAAUCAAGACAGUUAUCCUCCUCACCUAGGCCCUACGCCAUUCCCACACAGCAAACCACCCAGCACAACUUCUAGACCAGCAGCCUAUUCGCCGCCAUCAUGCGUGCCUCCGCCGUUACCCUCGCCGCCGGCCUCUUCGCCGCGAGCGCCGUCUCCGCCGAGAACUACCUUGGCUUCAACUCGGGCGCUACCCUCCCAGACAACUCUGCCAAGUUCGAGAAGGACUUCGAGGCCGAGUUCCGCACUGCCCAGAACCUCGUCAACGCCCCCGGCACCUUCAACGCCGUCCGCCUCUACACCAACAUCCAGGCUUACUCAGAGGGUGCCCCCAUCGAGGCCUUCCAGGCCGCCAUGAAGACCAACACCAAGAUCCUCCUCGGUGUCUGGGCCUCUGGUGUCCAGAACAUCGACAAGGAGCUCGCCGCCCUCAAGACUGCCGUCAACACCUACGGCAAGAAGUUCACCGACCUCGUCAUCGGUAUCUCCAUCGGUAGCGAGGAUCUCUACCGCAUCAGCCAGACUGGCCUGAUCAACGACCCUGAGGGUGUCGGUGCUGGCCCGGACGUCAUUGUCAAGUUCAUUGGCGACUUCAAGAAGGCCUUUGCCAACACUGCCCUCAGCAGCAUCCCUGUCGGCCACGUCGACACCUGGGACGUCUGGGCCAACGGCACCAACAAGCCCGUCAUUGAUGCCGUCGACUUCCUCGGCUUCGACACCUACCCUUACUACGAGAACGGCAAGGGCAACAGCAUUGACAACGCCCCCAACUUGUUCGACCGUGCCUACAAGGCCACCGAGGCCGCGGCCGGCGGCAAGCCCAUCUGGGUCACCGAGACUGGCUGGCCCGCCACUGGCCCCAACUGGGACCUGGCCGUCCCCAGCGUUCCCAACGCCAAGCAGUACUGGGACGAGAUUGGCUGCGCCAAGCUCUUCAACAAGGUUCCCACCUUCUGGUACAACCUCCGCGACUCGAACCCGGCCAACAAGAUGCAGUUUGCUAUCACCAAGAACCUCUCCACGACCCCUCUGUUCGACCUCACCUGCCCCAAGGUUGUCCCCAGCUCCACCAGCUCUGCCGCUACCCCUUCGCAGACCAGCUCUGGCGCGACCUCCCCCUCUGGCUCCGGCAGCAACAGCAACACCGGCUCUGGCUCGGGCUCUAGCUCGGGCACUCCCACUGGCGGCAGCAACACUGGCUCUGGCUCCGCCACCCAGGGCUCGGGCACUCCUAUCCCCACUGGUGCUGCUGCCGGUGUCGGCCGCAUCUCUGGUGCCGUCUACGGCGCCCUGGCCGUUGUUGCUGGUGGCUUCGCCCUCCUCUAAACGAGGGACGAGCUAUCGGUAGAGGCGUCGAGUGAUCCCGAGUUCUGUAUAUAGACUGGAGCCGUUGUCGAGAUAGAAUGCGUCUCCUGGUCCCUUAGCGUCUGCUUCCUGGCGGGUAUAUGCCACGUGUUUGCACAAUAGAAUUGUAUUUACUCCUGCAUCUCUUAAAGUGGAUGAUCUCGUACCUGUUCUUGAACAUGAUGAAGUGUUCAUGUUGUGCUGGUUUGUUCACCCCUUCACGUUGUCAAUCCCAAGAACUCGUUACUGUUGACUUUAAUUUAAACUUCUCGCGCCCAGCCCUAGUAGCCCGACUCGCAGCUGCAAGUAGUCAAGUAGAGCUUCAUGGCUGGACAGCGCAUGGAUUGGUCCUAGUCCUAGAGGGGAAACCAAACAGUGCUUGAAAUAUCCGAAACGAAAAAAAAAAAAAAAAAAAGAAAAGAAAA